UUGCAAAUCUUCGAUUCAAAAAACUGCCCGACUUCUUCUGCUAUUUCCGAGUCCUCCGAGUCUUCUAAUUGUUUCCAAGUAAGUCUCUCCUUCCCUUUCUGAGUCAUGUCUGACCGUGAGGAUAGCCAGAACCCGUCCGCUCACUCCUAUGGUUUUGGUGGCCGGUCUCCAACAUUUGGUUCCUCUUCUUCUUCUUCAUCCUCCGAUUCCGAGCGCCCGACUACUUCUCCACAGAAGAAGCCGGUUGAUGCUUCCACUUGCGCUCCUUCUUCUCCCGUGGCGCAAGUGGUCUCGGUUGCCCAGAUCGGGGACGAGGGCUUCAUCCAGCUAGACGACCGGUUGCUCCAAGAGCAACCGUCGUAUAUGCAGAAGCCCCAAGUCCACGAGCUGCGUAAUCUGAUGCCUGAUGGGUAUCAAUUGACAUACCGGGCAACAUGGAAGAGCAUCAUACCUCUCCACACCGGUACGUCGAUUGGUAUCCACUACCAUUCGAUCAAGGACUUGGGUGAAUUCUCUAUUCACCCAUUCAAAGUCCUUUUCCUUGAGACCUACGGGAUCAUGCCCGGGCAAUUGGCCCCAAAUGGUCACCGUUUGCUGGCCAGUUUCAUCAACGUCUGCCGGUUUCUCCGUAUUCCUCUCUCUCUUCGCCUCUUCGAUCACAUGUUCGAUGUCCGGCCCGGAUCCAAAGAAACUCUUGGAUUCGUGGUGGUGUCUUCCCACCAAGGCCGGGCAUUCCUCUGUGGCCUUCCACCUUCUAACAAGAAGUGGAAGGACAAAUACGUGUCCAUCAAGUUCCCCCCGGCCUCUUUUCCUUUCGCCCAAAAUGUCUGGGGGAAGAGAAUGAGGCGUCAGGUCAAACCUGUGGAGGCCGAUGACCUGGCUGCUUGGGAAGCCACUCUCCGGACCGGGGACGCCUCCACCCGCGGUCAGUACCACGUCGGGAAGUGGAGCGUCUACCCCGGCCGGAAGACCGACCCCGAGCCGGAGAUUGUUCUGCCCGGGACGAUCCCCGAAGCCAUCCCCAUCAGCCGGGCGAUGGGAUCCAAAGCCAAGGCCACAGCCGCCGCCGGUCCUUCACGCCCGGCGAAGAAGAAGAAGGAGAAAGUGGUGAAAUUCCAGUCCAAGUUUCCCAUCCCACAGAUAGUGGUUGAGGAGCCCUCCACCGCUCAGCCACUCAACCCUCCAUCCGGCCAGCCCUUCUCCCUGGAGGAGCAAUCCACCCAAUCCCAUCAGGGAACCAACCAGCCGAUUCACUCGGGGGAUCUCUACAUCAAUGUAGAUACCUUCGAGUUCGACACCCUGAUGGGAGAGACCGGGCACACAUCCCAGGCUGGGAGGGGAGGCCAGCCCAAUGAGGAGGUCGAAGCUGAGGAAGAGGCCGCUGAGGAGGCUCUUCAACGAAAGAGGCGGAGGACUGAAGAGGUCAACCAGCCGGCUCACCAAGGGCCCCAGUCCUCCGACGCUGGCAAAGGACCCAUAGUGCCCCGGUCUCCACUCCUGAUGAGCCGGUCAAACGAGGAGCUUUUCCAAGUUUUUCGUGCCGACCUGUCUGAGGUCGGCCGGAUCGGGGAGGAGUACUUCGCCCGGCUGGUGAAGUCGACGGAUGAGGAGAAGGCCCGGAUGGAGGCCAUGAUGGUCCAAUGCCGGAAGGAUGCUCAGGCUGCCCGUGAAUACGCGGAGAAGACGGAGGCGAAGUGGCUGGAGCACUGCACGCUGGAGGCCGACAAUGCCCGGUCAGCUGAGGAGAUCGCCCGUCUGAGCGAUGAGCUGGAGAAAGAGCAAUCGGAGCGGGCUGCCGUAGCCGCUGCCUGGGCUGCCCAAGCGCCUGAGGAGUUCGCCGCUAAGGCGCUUCCUGACCGGGAGACAGCAAUCCGCUUCUUCCAAGGUCUGUAUAAGCACCCAAUUUCGGCCGGCAUUGUGGACGAGAUUGGGACUUAUGGCUACGAAAGUGGCCAGUGCUCUCAGCGGAAGGCCCUCUACGGCAUUCUUGAGCAGCGGAUUCAAGGCUUUCGGCCGAAGGCUCUAUCUCUGCCCGAGCUGCAUAGCGAAGCACCUGAGCCUCCCUUCUCGCGCAUCUGAUCCGGCCCUCUUUUUUUAUGUUUUUUGAUGUAAUGAUAUGCCAUGAUAUGCCUCCGGGCACUUUUGCAAGACUGAAAUAUUAAUGAAAAUAUUCUACGUCAUGUGCUGAGUACUUUAUUUUUUUGUCUCAUUAAUUCUUUUCAACUUAGAUUCUUCAACCGUUUAGAUUAGUAGAUAACAGCCCGGCUGUAAUUAUCCGGCUUAGAAUACAGUUUU